GAGGGGCCAGGAUGUCACCCCCUGAAGAGGGCCUGUCACUGUACCCACGACUGAGCCGGCCUGGUUCCCCUUCUCCCGACUUCACCUGAACCCCUUUCCUGGGCUGGGUGGUGGGAGAUCUGUACGGAGCUAGUUCUUUGCUGAUGCCUGGGGUACAGGUCUGUGUUGGGGACCCACGGAGGGCAUUGCCACCUGGGCUGCCGACCUGGGCCCUGCCCCUGGGUCCUCACUGGCCAAAGGGGUGUCAGGGCAGUCAGCCUGUUGGACAGCUGCCACGUCGGGCUAGAGAACAGGGCAUGCUGGGGCUGAAGAGAGGGGCCCAGCCUGUGAGGGUCCCGGGCCCCCACAACCCCCCCAUGCCUCACAGCUGCUCCCCUUCCUGCCCCUCCUCACCAUGUUCCUGGGGCUCUGGCAGAAGAGGAGACCCGCGCUUCUGCAGCCAGCCUGGCCCUCGGCAUCCGCGGCCAGAAGCAGAUGCUCGGCAAAGACCUGCAGCCCUCCUAGGCCGUCGCCCCAGCAGAACCGCGCUCAGCCAAGGACAUCGACGUCCAAGGCCGACAAGAUCCACAUGGAGGUCACGCCGGAGCACAGCCUGCAGCCUGCACUGGCAGAGCUCCCAGGAAAGUGGAGAUGGACUAGGCCCACUGGCUGGCCACUGCCUACACCUGGGGUUCUGUGACCUGCCCAGGGUUCUGCCACUUGCCAGCUGGGCGAGCAUGGGCACGCCUCCUCUCCGAUCGCCCGUGUGUCAUCUGGGGAAUGGAAGCAGCAGCAGGCUCCGGCAUGCAGGGUGACUGUGGUCUUGAGGGAGGUGACAC